GCGAUGUCUUCGCUACCUUCUUUACCACCAUCAUACGCUGGAUCCUGAGGAUCUCUGGAAUAGCCCCGCGCGAUACGGAUGUCAAAUCGGAUGACGGAGCCGUCUGGCUCAUCGACCACAUCACCUCCUUAAUCCGAUCCCCGUACUUCGCCGCCUCGCCGGUUUUCUGCUCGCCUGGCCGCGAUUCGAAUCUGAUUUCUGCAGACCUUUCUGAAUCCCGACGUCGGCUUCCAAGAUGCGCGCCACCGCGGCGUGCCUGUACAAGGGCUUCUGGGGGCGCAGCCUCGACGAGUUCAAGCGCCUCGCCAACAUAGCCUUCAAGCUCGAGGGCAUCAAGGGGCCCUCGGGCCCGAUGCCCCUCCACAACUUCCACACCGCCGAGUCGCUCAAGGAGGCCAAGGUGAUGAGCGACGCCGACAUAGGCGGCUUCUCGAAGGCGACGCUCGACUGGAUCCCUCCUCCCGGGUCCGCGUCCGCGUCCGCGCCCGGCGCGGCGCGGGACGCCGGCGGGCCGGGCUCCGGGACGGGGCAGGGGUACGCGCACUUCCACGGGACGAUCUCGACGGCGCUGCCGCCGGACCGGCCGCAGAUCCAGCGGUCGGGGUUCGCGGCGUGGCGGACGCUGGACCGGCCGCGGACGCUGUUCGGGCGGGGCACGUGGGACAUCGACAUGUACACGUACCUGGCGCUGCGGGUGCGGUCGGACGGGCGCAGCUGGCUGGUCAACGUGCAGACGGAGUCGCUCGAGCCGACGGACCUGCACCAGCACCGCCUCUACGUCCGCCGCCCCGGCGCCUGGGAGACCGUCCUCAUCCGCUGGAACGACUUCGUCCGCACCAACCACGGCUUCGUCGUCGAGCCCCAGGCCGAGAUGCUCCGCCAGAGCGUCCGCUCCGUCGGCCUCGGCCUCACCGACCGCGUCCCCGGCCCCUUCGACCUCGCCGUCGACCGCAUCUGGGCCACCAACGACGCCUCCGAGGCCGACGCUGACCCCCCCGACGCCGACCCCCUCGGCCGCCCCCCCCGCGAGGGCCAGCUCCGCGACAAGCAGGGCCGGAAUAUCGCCUGGAGCGACAAAUGAGACAACUAGGAAAAUACCCAGUUUACGACGCUGCGCCUAAAAGGCCGAAACUGAAUGCGUGCCGCUAGGCUGGUAGGCUUGCUGUUUUCGUCACCUGUGUAGCGUAAGUUACGCAAGCUGCCCGCUCGACAGUCGAACAUCUCACUGCGACCUACCUCAACACAUACCUAAUUAAAAGUUAUACGCCGUCUACAGAAUACGCGAUCCCUGAAGGGGUGGGGAGAGUGGCAGAGGCUAGCUAGCCGGAGAAUAUAGUCGUGGAGUUGACAAAGCACACGGCUGGCAUUGGGCAAAGGGGACCUCAGGGAGGAGACGGGGUAAAAGGGUCCAAGUUAGCUGGCAGCCUGCCUACUGUGCACACGUAUGUAUAUAUUGGAUCUAUGUAUACUAUCAAGACCGAAUCUCGUUUAAAGCCGGCCUGACACCUAUAGUUAGAGACCCCCCCCCCCCAGACUUCGUAGUCCGUCGCGCAAGUGCCUCUUGAUUGCAAUGCCUACCCCCCCAACUCCACCCGUGCUGCCAAGUUCCCCUCUCGAUUCCCGUGUUCGACGCGUAGACUCGUCUAGUGUUCUCCUUUACACCCGUCCUACCGCCCCAACUCCUCUCCCCUCCCCUCUCUUUACCCCCUUACCCCCACCCCCCCGCCCGCGCGGCC